UGGAAGUUUUGAACUGGAAACGUGAUCUGCAGGCGGUGGGAUGGGAAGGAGCCGUUUCCUAUACAACCGUCGGAGACAACCCCGCAGGUGCCAGAGGAGGGGAGUAGCGGGCCCGGCCCUCCGCGCCUCGGUGAGCGGGACAAGAAGGGCCGCCGGAUCCUCUCCGGCCGCCUUCGCCGGAGGAGGAGCGGCAGGACGGGCAGCAGCAGAGUCCCCUAGCAGCCUCCGCCCCUCAGCGCGGCUGUUAGGGGGCGGGCGGCACCGGGCGGGGAACGACCCCGUGGUGUGGGGCGGUGCGUGGCGUUGCCCAGGGGAGCGCGCGGCCGAGCGUCCGAGAGGGGUUGUGCGGGCUGCUGGCGUGUGGGCCCCGCGGCGCGCCCAGCCCUGCGUGUCGCCGCGGCUGCUACCCUGCCUGCAGCCACCGCGCGAGCCCUGCCUGCGGCGGCUCGAGCCGCCGGACGGAUCGCCGGGCGCCGCCCGCCCCGUCCUGUGCCCGGUGUGCGACGCCGAGGUGCCGCUGCCGGCCGGCGGCGUGGGGUAGCUUCCCCCGACUGUGGCCGGGGCCGCGUGCGACCUCUGUGCCGAUGGGGCGGCGGCCGGUCGGUGCCUGACGUGCGGCGUCCGCCUCUGCCGCUUCUGCUGCCUGCUGAGGAGGAGACAGAAGAAAACAGCCUCCCAUGCUGUGAUAGAACUGGAGAACACCAAGGACUGCAGCCAGGCUGGGAAGCCUCUCCUGUGCCCCUCCCAUCCCACAGAGGAGCUCCAGCUGUUCUGUGAGCAGUGUGAGCAGCCCGUGUGCCGGGAGUGCGUUCUGCACAGACAUCGUCAGCACCCCUUUUACUUCAGCAGUAUCAUCCACAAGCACGGGGACGCCCUGCAGGAGCUGCUAAAGAGCAGCCAGCAGCACAUGGACACCCUGGAGGAUGCGCUGAGCCAGGUUGAUGAGAUGGGAAGUUCUGUCCGCAGUCAUGCAGAAGCUGUGGCCAGGGGCUAUGUGAAUGCAAUUGAAGAGCAGAUGCUGAAGCAGUUGGAGGACUUGAAGGUGCAGAAGGAAAACCUGCUGUGCUUGCAGAAGGCCCAGCUGCAGCAGCUGCUGCUGGACAUGAGGGCAGGCGUGGAGUUCACAGAGCACUUGCUGAUGAGUGGCUCAGAUGUGGAGAUCUUCAUCACCAAAGGGGUGGUGUCCAGUAACAAAUAUAGCACCCACCCCAGUGUGGAUGAUCGGAUCCAGUUCUCUCCUCACGAGAGGGCAGGGCACUGUUGUGGCUACGAAGUUUUUGGGGCCAUCCUCAAUAAAGUGGUUGAUCCAGCCAGAUGUACCCUGCAUGGGGAGGUUCUCCACAGUGCCCGUCAGAACCAGCUGAGUGGCUUUACCCUGCUGUGCAAGAACACUACAGGGGAGCACAUGGGGCAGGGAGGAGAGGCUGUCCAGGUCACCAUCACCCACAAGGACAAGAGGGACUGUGCAGUCAAGCCAACAGUGUGUGAUAAUGGUGAUGGAACCUACUGUAUUUCCUACAGACCUGAGGAGCCAGGCUUGUAUGCUGUCUGCGUCUAUGUGAAAGAGCAACAUGUACAGGGCUCUCCCUUUACUCUGAUGGUGAAGCACAAGUUCCGUGAACACCAGGGGGUAUUUCACUGCUGCAGAGGCCAGAAAGCCGCUCGCUGUGCCUGUGGUGGGACAAUGCCAGGUGGGUACCAAGGCUGUGGCCACGGGCACAAAGGUCACCCUGGCUGCCACCACUGGUCAUGCUGUGGACAAGUGAAGGAGAGCUCCAAGUGUUUGUGUGAGCCACCCAACGACACCUCACAGAGGAGUUUGCUCAGGACAGUGGCACUCUGAGCAGCCAGGCAUCUGGAUUCCAGCCUUGGAUGUGUGCACAGUCAUGCUUCUGGAAGCUGCUCUUUGUUUGCAACUCCUACACUUCCUCCAGGUAAACUGUAGUCACAUUAUAUCCUGCCUACAAAGUAAGGGCAAGGUGAGUUAGUAAUGUAUUUGCAGAAAGGCCCAGAAAACCUCAUGGCAUUGAUAGGAACAGGAAUCAGAGUAUCAUUCACCUGCUCUGUAUGUUCUCCAUGGAGAUGAUGUGGGACACAGUGCUGCUGGGUCUGAUACGAGAGCAAAGGGAGUGCCCCGCUCACCAAGGGAAGAUCUGGGGGCAGUUUGAGCAUCAGCAGGAGUCACAGACACAAGUUUGCAAUUGUCUGUGCAGAGCUGGAGCACAGGAGAUGGAACACGGCAAAAGUCCUGGAUUUGGCUUGUACAACCUUGGCAAGGCACUUACCAACCCAUAGUUGGGGAAAAGACGUCUGUGAUGAGGAACAAGAGGCACUCCACUGGAAGAGCAAUUGCCACCCUGCUGGCUGCUUCCAGUUGCUUGCCUGGGUGAAGCAGACACCCUGAAUACCUUCCUUUACAAAACACAUUUCUGUCAUUGAGGCUGGGAGCACCACUGUCCUGAGGGUAACCUGCAGGUGUGUUUGCUAGGGACUCCUAAUUCUGCCUGAGGAGCUGGGUACAAAGGUCCUGCUGUUGGUCACUUAGGGAGAGAAAUGCUGCUCCACUGUCCACAGCAAGGACUGGAUCUUGCCUUCUGCAUUAUGACAGCUGGUAUGUAAAUAGUAGAAAGCUGCACUGUCUCUUUGCUUGUUUAGCCUUGAAAGUCUCUCUUUAGUUGUUUGUUCCUCUUACAAAGCCAGUUUUGGAACUCCUUCCCAGCAAAGGAGAUAGAUAUCUUUAGAUAGUUUAAAUAGUUUAGAUAUCUUUAGGUAGUUUAAAUCUCCGAAUUAGGCAGUUUAAAUCUCCAAGUUGCUGAGUCUGAAAUUUCAAAGUGAAAGUUUAGUUUGAGGUAACCUUUAAUGGAACAAAUAGCUGCUCAUUCUCAUCCUUGCUAUGUAUGGAGUUGUGAGAUGUUACACAGUGAUUCAUGUCAUUAUGGAAAUGCACUAUGGGAUCAAUAUAAACAAGAAUACUGCAUUCAAAGUAAAGCAUGGACAUGAGACAUAGGAAAAGACAAUGAUUUUGUUAUAUCUGUUAAAAUACUUUUCUGUGCUUUUUGGUUUAUGUAUUCUUACUUUGACACUAUAAUCAUGAAUUGUAUCCACUUUUUAUGUAUAAGGAAACACAGGCUUGUGCGAACAUGAACAGACUUGUCCCUGCUGUUACCUGCUUGCUAGGAGUGUAAGCUGACAACAUGUUAGAGCCUUGUUCAGACCUGGUGGGGGCUUGUGGCCACUGCUGCCUGAGUCCUAGCCAAUAUGUUCAAGCUUGUUCAUACUUGUACCCCAGCACAGUGAACAUGUCACAGCCCACCAAGAAACUGCCUAUAAAAGGGGCAGUGACCAAAGGUGAGAUGGACGUGAUGGCAGAGCACAGACUCCCCAUGUCCCCAGCACUGCGUUGCCUGUUCCUGUUUAUUAAUCAACAGAUUAAUAAAUUGCCUUAUUGAUUGACCUACCUGGUUGUGGUGAGUAAUUUAUAACAGAGUCAAUGCUCAGUGCAGAAUGUGAUGUCAACCAAAAUGCCUAUUUUUUGUGUCUUUCUAACUCUUGCUCCCCACCCCACUAGGUGUGUUGUUUUUUCUCAGAGCCUUCAUGCUGUCUUGCAGACAGAACACAUAAGGACAGCACUACAUUCUAGGCACAUAAUUUCUGACUAAAAACAUCUUAGUCCUCUCAGACAGAGAAAUGUGUUUUCUCUUUGUAUUAGGUAUCCCUUACACAUGCUGUCGCUGAUUUUUCCAAGAAACUGUCAGAAUUAUACCAAUGAAAUUUAAAAUCUUCAGGAUGUGGAUAAUGUUAUUCCCCCUGAGCAGGGCCCCUGGGACGUACUCCCCUGAAGACAAAGAAACCCCUGAAGAGGAUGCCCCCCCUUUCCUUAUCUAAACUUCUGUUAUCUUUUAGGAUUCCUCUUGGUUUUUAAAGUAGCUAAGUGUUUGGUUUUUUUCUUACUUAGAAUUUUAAGGUAAUUGGAUAGCUUGUAACUUGUAGUUUUUAUUGGUCAGAAACUCAAUCCUCUAGAAAGCUAUAAAACCCUUUUGUUAUACAAUGUAAUUGGAUUUUGCAUGCGGAUCCCUUCAGAGAAAUAAACGAUCUUUGGAACUUCUGCA